UGAAAAAUAUGAAAAUCAGUGAACAUGUCCCUUUAACUCAAUACAUGUAUCAAGUUUAACCCAUUUUCAGAAAAUGGUUUAUCAUAAACCUGUAAUCAGCAAGUCGAUUUGUGUACAAGAUCUUUUUGUAACUUGACUAUGGACUUGUUCUUCAGUGUGUAUUUAAAGUGGGUUGAGAGCUUAAAAAGCUUUCAUAAUUCAGCCUUUUUGUCAGUUUUAAGUUAAGUAACUUGUGCUUUCAGGUUUUGAAAACACUUAUUUUAUUUGCUUAAAGUAGUCAAAAUAAUAGUGAAUACACAACUUUUAAAUCACAGGACAGUUCAAAAUACCUUUUGAAAAUGGCAACUUCUGUAGAUUCAGUUCAUAAAAGUUCAGAUUCAGUGAAAGAUUAUUCUUGUGUUGGAUGCGUAAGUAAAAAUAUAGAAAAAAGUGCUGAUUUUUUUUGUGAAACAUGUUUCAAGUGUUUUUGCGAAAAAUGCUUUUAUCAUCAUGAUCAAGUAUUUGUAAACCAUUUGACAUAUGGAAGAAGAGAAACAAAUAAAUGGCCUCUUGAAAAGGCAAUUGAGGAUUUGCUACUGAAAUGUGAUGUCCACCCUGACAAAAAACUGAAAAUGUUCUGCCAAGACCACAGUCAGCUGUGCUGCUCUGAUUGUGUUUUACUGAAUCACAGACAGUGUACAAAUUUGGCUAAAAUUUCGGAAUCAGUCAAAAAGCUGUCUGUGGAUAUGCAGCAGUUGUCAAACAAAAUUCAAUCAAUUAUUGCUGAUCUUAAUAAGUUUAAGGUAGUUCAAGAGGGCAGCAUUCAGUCCAUUGAAGGAUUAUAUGUUGAAGAAUUUCAAAGAAUCAGAGACCAGCGUAAGAAAUUAAAUGCUGCUCUUGAUGAACUAGAAAAUACAACUUUGAAAGAACUGGAUGACAUUAGGACCACACUGCAAACCUCUCUUAAGAAAGAUGUUGACAACUGCAGCAGACUGAAGGAUGAACUGCAACAACUAAGUGAAGCUGUACAGGGCCUUUGUGAUAAGAGCAUUCAAGACAUAGAGUUCAUAGCCAGCAGGAAAUGUCUGGAUAAGAUACAAGAGUCUGAGAGAUAUCUGAAGGAGAACCCAGUGAAGGUUCAGAGUUCAAUAGUAUUCAAGGCAAACAUUGACAUUGAGCAGUACCUGUCUCAACAGUCAAGUCUUGGGAGGAUUGUAGACAGUAUGCAGUCUCUGAAACUUAAGAUGAAUCAAGACCAGGUUUUGACUGUUAAGAGGAAGUGCGAGUAUAAUGUGAAAAUAUCGAGUGACACAAGCGCCAAUUGCUUUAUCAGAGGCAUUUGCAGCCUUCCUAGUGGUCAUAUCAUUGUUGCAGAUAGCUCUAAUAAGAAAGUGAAACUGUUGGACAAGCAUUACAAUGUGUCCAGUCACUGUGAUAUGCCUAGUUCUCCAGUGGACAUUUGCCAAAUCACAGCAAGUGAGGUGGCUGUGACACUUGAAAGUGCUGGUGUGCAGUUUAUGUCUGUAAGCAAUGGGCAGCUGGUGAAUGGAAGGAAGUUACAGUUACCACAUAAGGCUGUUGGCAUUGCCCACCAUAAAGAAGCAUUGUAUAUCACCGAUGGCUUUGCACUCUACCACUACAACCUCACUGGGACACUUGUGAAAAGGCUUUAUGAAGAUUCAGGAGGUAAAAGUUUACGAGUGAAAAAAUGUGCAUUGAGUCCUGCCGGUGACAGGAUCUAUGUCAUCAACCUAGCCCAGAGCAAGCUCAUCACACUGACCAAAGAUGGCAGCCUGAUAUCCACCUUCACCGAUCCUGAACUACAAUUUCCAUGGGGUGUCCAUGUCACUCCUGAUGGACAAGUCCUUUGCUGUGCAUACAAUACUGUAUUACAGGUGGAUCAUGAGGGUAAAAAGAAACUGGCAACUCUGGCUUCACAGAGAGAUGGACUUUGCAUUCCAGCGUCUGUCUGCUACAACAGCAACAUUCACCAGAUCAUUGUGGGACAAUGGGAAAACAAUAAAAUUAUUGUCAUUGAAGUGCAAUAGCUCUUUAAAGAGAUAAAAACAACAAUAUAAACACAGUUAUAAAUGUAAUUUCCAAUUUUUCUUCGACAUAUUUAGUAAUAUCAGUUUAUAUAUAGGUUAAGAACAGAGCAUAAUUAUUCAAUUCCUUUUAUUAUUAACUUUUUAAUUAUCUAUGUUUUUAAAUGAGUUGUUUUAAUGCACGUUACAGAUUGUACCAUUAAAAACAAUCAUGUAUGACAAAUCUAUGUUGAUUCUGAUUAGUUUUUGUGUGUGGCUUCUUGUCAGGUAUUGUUUGUCACUAAACAAAUGUUAUAAUUAACAUACAUAUAUUAUGUUAAGUGAAUGCAUAUAUUCUACGUAUGUUUAAUUAUCAUAUAGCAAUUAUUUAGAGAAAACUAGGUUUCUGUCAUUUAUGUGUUGCUGUUUUUAAUAAAAAAAUAUGGUAUUUGUGCCAUUUUUAGUUCUUUGGCUUUAGCCAAUCAAUUAUUGAACCACAUAUCAGAAACACAUCUUGCAGUCGGUUGAGUGUUUAUCAAGGGGUUAAAAUGCCUGGAUGUGGGAUGUUGGCAGACAA